AUGACGCGCGAUCCAGCCGACCUGCGCUUAAUGGAGAUCCUCCCAUAUGUCGACGCCCCACUACUCGACAAUGAUCAUUGGUUAUGGGGUGGCACUUUUUUCGAUUUCCGGGUAGAUAAAUUCUUGGGCUACGGCUGUGAUCCUGACGAAGCAGACAAAGACCCUUCGUUCCUCAUGCGGCCAGGAACGGUCCACUUAACCAAUGGCGGCUGGGAUGGCUGGGAUCUCUACAGAAGUUGGCAACUCCAAUAUGACACUAGGAAGAAUGCGAUUAGGGUCUAUGAAGGAGAGGAGAGGAGUGAUUACCAGCCACAAGUCAAUGGGUGCUUGUUGACAUUCCGACAUCCAUACAAGAGCGAGCAGUACAGAUUUGGUCGCAGAUGGGAAGACACCCCUGUCUUUGGAGCGAUCAACUCAACGGGAGGUCUCUCGGUGAACAGGCACAGCCGUGAAUGGACGAGAUGGACCGAUGCGCCAACCUUCUUGAGGAGGAUCAGAGACGCAUAUCGGAGCACAGCAUGGACACCAUGGGUGGCUGCAAACCCCGCUGAUCGGUCCGCUGAUCAGCGCGUCCUUCCGCCGUCCCACAACAUCACAUCAUGGCUUCUGAUCAAGAACGGUUGGCCCGAAAAGCUUGACAUCGAUCAGUUUCGGGCUGACUUCAUCCGGGCGCAGCACAAGCCGUCAGGACGAGGCUGGGCCGAAGGUGCUUUCCAACGCAUCAGAACUUAUCAGGAUGAUCCAGAUGAUCCAGCCAACAUCUACUAUACCAAGAGAAUUCUACAACGAUAUCAGGAUCGGGAGCUUUCCGGAGAGAUCGAAUAUUCCACUGGAGAAUUAAACAGGAUGAUGAAGGAGGCGGAAAGAGCAAGGAAUAAAAUCGAUCAACACGACAAAGAUUACGAAGAAGCGAAACGGCAAAUACAGCGGUUGUGUCCAGACGGCAUCUGUGUCGAGGAGGAGGAUCUCAUUCUUUGGGAAUUCAGAGGACUAGAACAGACAUAUGCAGAGGCACAGCUCAAACCCGACACUAAGACACUGUGCGAACGUCGCCCCUGGAGGCUAGACGAAAGGUUUUAUGACAGACAACUGUCGCCAGAUCAGCAUGCAAGCUGUGUCACCCGACUCAACUUGGAGAGACACUGGUUAGAGUUGGCAUACCAACAAUCCCGCGCCGAUGCCCUCGCUCAUUGCGCUCAAAGUAACAAGGAUCUCCUCCCCCCUGUCUCGUUCGAGACCCUCGCGAAUGUCCACAUUGCCGACUAUGAAAGCAAAUAUUACGGGUGGAAGAUUGAGGAGAUAAAAAAGGCUUUGUCUGGUGACAUUGGCGAUGGGGGCCUUCUAGAGCCUUGGAACCGAUUGGAGAUUCUGGAGGAGCCUCAUUCGACGUCUGAUGACAGACUGUACUACUGA